AUGUGGAUUAUCAACUGGUUCUACGAUGUCCUCGCCUCGCUCGGCCUGCUCAACAAGCAUGCCAAACUACUUUUCCUCGGUCUCGAUAAUGCCGGAAAAACCACUCUUCUGCACAUGUUGAAGAACGACCGGGUUGCUUUGAUGCAGCCGACUUCACACCCAACCUCUGAAGAGCUCGCCAUCGGCAACAACAGAUUCACCACCUUCGAUUUGGGCGGUCACUUGCAGGCUCGUCGUCUGUGGAGAGACUACUUCCCCGAGGUCAACGGGAUCGUUUUCCUCGUCGACUCGAUGGACGUCGAGCGUUUCCCGGAAGCCAAGGCCGAGCUCGACGCUCUUCUCAACAUGGAAGAUCUAGCUAAGGUCCCGUUCCUUGUUCUCGGAAAUAAGAUCGACCACCCCUCUGCUGUCUCUGAGGACCAGCUUAGAGCCGCCUUGGGUCUUUAUCAGACUACCGGUAAGGGCAAGGUGCCGUUGGAGGGCAUCAGGCCCAUCGAGCUGUUCAUGUGCAGUGUCGUGAUGAGACAGGGCUACGGUGAAGGUAUCCGAUGGAUGUCGCAAUACGUCUAG